AUGUCGAAUUUUUGGUGGGGAUCUAAUGAAAAUGGUACAAAAAUCCAUUGGCGAAGUUGGAAACUUUUAUGUAAAGCCAAACUUGAUGGUGGUAUGGGCUUUCGGUCUUUCAUACACUACAACCAAGCGCUCCUUGCCAAGCAAUCAUGGAGACUUCUUGACAACCCAUCAUCACUUUUGAGUAGGCUUUUGAAAAGCCGAUACUUCCCACACAAUUCUUUCUUAGAAGCUCCUCAUGGUCACUCCCCAUCCUUCACAUGGCAAGGUAUCCUUCAUGGCAGAGAGCUUUUACAACCUGGGUUACGAUGGAAAGUUGGGGAAGGUAGAGACAUCAAUUGUGCAACCGAUCCAUGGAUUCUUGGCCACACGAAAUUUCAACCAAUUCAUUAUGCGGGGCCACCAAACACUGUUGUUACCAACUUGAUCACGGAAGAUCGACAAUGGAACAAGCAGCUGCUCGAUGAGUUUUUCUCAAGUAUUGAUAUGGAUCGUAUACUAACCAUUCCAUUGAGUUAUUUUUCAGCAAAUGAUCACCUCAUCUGGCACCAUCAUUCUUCAGGGAUCUAUAAUGUUCACUCCGCAUAUCAUCAUGCUGCUUCUCUUGAAGAUUCAGAUCUCUCCUCCACCUCUAAUUCUCCUUCAAACUGGUGGAAAUAUUUCUGGAAACUCCAGCUGCCACUAUAA